AUGGCAUUGUUGCGUAAACUUUUAUCCAAGAAGCUGCCAGAAAACCUUGUGUUUGUCUUCGAAAGAAUUUAUGUCUUUGACUGCUGUUUCACCACUGGAGCUUGGGAACAAGAUUAUAAAGCUUAUGUGGGUAAAGUAAUAACUCAACAAAAGGAAAUGUACCCUGAAUGUUCAAUCAUGAUUCUUGAUUUCCGGGAGGCAGAUGAAGAAAACAGGAUUGCAUCUGCUUUGGCAGACUAUGAUCAUAUUACCAUAAUGGACUAUCCUCGCCAUUACGAAGGUUGUCCAUUGCUCUCAUUGGAGGUGAUCCACCAUUUUUUAAAAUCAACAGAAAGCUGGCUCUCAGUUGCGCAGCAAAACAUUCUUAUAAUGCAUUCGGAGAUUGGUGGUUGGCCGGUUUUGGCUCUCAUGGCGGCCGCUCUCGCACUUUACAGAAAAUAUUUCACCGUUGAGACCAAGGCCUUGGAGAUUGUUUAUAAGCAGGCUCCUAUUGCGUUAUCCAAUAUGUCACCAAUUAAUCCUAUGCCUUCUCAAUUGAGGUACUUACAGUAUGUGUCAAGGAGGAAUGCUAAUGCUGCUGACUCAGAAUGGCCUCCUGCAGACAAGGCACUUACUUUGGAUUGUGUUAUAAUGAGAAUGAUUCCGGAUUUUGAUGGAAAAGGUGGUUGCUGCCCUGUGUUUAGGAUUUAUGGGCGCGAUCCUUUGUUGCAUGUUGAUAAAACUCCCAAACUUCUAUUCUCAACGCCAAGGAGACGAAAGAAUAUUCGGUACUACAAUCAGGCAGAUAGUGAACUUGUUAAAAUUGAUAUUAAUUGCCAUGUCCAAGGUGAUGUUGUGCUUGAGUGUAUUAGCUUACAUGAUGACAUGGUGAAAGAAAAAAUCAUGUAUCGUGCCAUAUUCAACACAGCAUUCAUUAAAUCAAACAUGUUGAUACUUAGUCGCGAUGAAAUCGACAUACAUUGGGAUGCUAAGGAUCAGUUCCAUAAAGAUUUCAGAGCUGAGCUUCUUUUCUCAGAAAUGGACCCCUCAACUUCAAUGGUUCCAGUAGAUUUGUCUUGUUUUGAGGAAGAAGGGCUCCCAGUGGAAGCAUUUGCUAAAGUUCAAGAUAUGUUUGGCAGUGGGGAUUGGCUUGUUCCUAAAAGUGAUGAUGCAUUAAACAGGCUGCACCAGAUGCCUUUGUCCGAUGUUGUUAAUGAAAUGUUGGAAACAAGUUAUCAAAGAACUGAAUCCAGAAACUUGCUUCAAACACUAACAAAAAGAAACAAUAAUCAGGAUAAGGAAAUCACUGUCGGGCCUAGAAGUAUUUCCCUUCCCAGACAAUUGCCAUCAUCAUCAACACAAUCACCCACAGAUGCUUCUAAGAAGUCUCUAUCUCUUUCAUCAUCCAUGCCACCUCAUAUAAUCUUGACAUGUGCACAUCCUUCUCUUUCUGAGAAACUACGCGAAACAGCAGCUGCUGCAUCUUCUCCUCCUCUUCCACCACCAGAUGGUAAGGCUAAUGCGCCUCCUCCACCGCCACCACCACUUCCAAAUAAGGCAGGUGGAGCACCUCCACCCCCUCCUCCUAAUGCAGGGGGUGGACCUCCUCCUCCACCGCCACCAGCCCCACCUGCACCAAAAGCACCAGCACCGCCAGCGCCUCCCCCACCAAAACCCAAGGCAGCACCACCACCCCCUCCUCCAGCUGCUCCUUCUUCUAAUGGAAAUGCGAAAGGAGGCGCUCCACCACCUCCUCCGCCAGGUCUUUCAAAAGAAUCUGGUGUGGCUGCUCCGUCUCCACCACCUCCAACUAAGGGACGCGCUCUAUCAAGGACAAGUGCGGUGAAAUCUCAACCGACAAAGAAACUGAAGCCUUUACAUUGGUCAAAGAUUAAUAAACCAGCACAAGGAAGCAUGUGGGCUGAAUCACAAAAACAUGGUGAAGCUUCAAGAGCACCAGAGAUUGAUAUGUCGGAACUUGAGAAUCUCUUCUCUGCAUCCAAUCCAAAUGCAGAUAAGGCUGCAAAACUAAAGACUGGAGCAGCUAAUAAACCAGAAAAAAUAUCCUUGAUUGAACACAGGCGUGCAUACAACUGUGAGAUCAUGCUUUCAAAGGUGAAGACACCAUUGAAUGAAUUGAUGGAUGCUGUCCUUGCUUUAGAUGAAGCAGAGAUGGAUCUUGAAAGAGUGGAUAACCUUAUUAAGUUCUGUCCUACCAAGGAGGAGAUGGAACAAAUUAAGGGAUUUAAAGGAGAUAAGGAGCUUUUGGGCAAAUGUGAACUGUUCUUUAUGGAGCUGAUGAAAGUUCCGCGUUCAGAAGCUAAACUCAGGGUUUUCUCUUAUAAGAUACAGUUUAGUACACAGGUUUCAGAUCUUAGUAAGAGCCUAAACUACGUGUUUUUGUCAGUAGAACAGGUCAGGAGUUCUGUAAAGUUAAGAAGAGUCAUGCAGACGAUUCUUUCUCUUGGGAAUGCUUUGAAUCAGGGAACUGCAAGAGGUUCGGCUGUUGGGUUCAGAUUGGAUAGCAUCCUCAAACUUAAUGAAACACGAGCCAGAAACAACAAAAUGACACUGAUGCAUUAUCUUUGUAAGGUGCUUGCAGACAAACUACCUGAACUCCUGGAUUUUUCCAAGGAACUUGGCAGUUUGGAACCUGCAUCAAAGAUACAACUUAAAUUGUUGGCAGAAGAAAUGCAAAGUAUUACCAAAGGACUUGAGAAAGUAAUCCAUGAAAAGAAACUUUGUAAAAAAGAUGGACAUGUGUCUAAACGCUUUCGGAAGUCUCUGAAGAAAUUUCUAUCUUCUGCGGAAAGUGAAGUUAAGGCCCUCGCUACGCAGUAUUCUGGGGUGGGUAAAAGUGUGGACGGUUUAAUUCUUUACUUUGGAGAAGAUCCUGCUAAAUGCCCAUAUGAACAAGUCAUUUCGACGUUGCUCUCGUUUGUGAGAAUGUUUAAUCAUGCCCAUGAAGAAAACCUCCAGCAAAUAGAAGCGGAAAAGAAGAAGGCACAGAAGGAAGCUGAACAGGAAAAGUUAAAACUACAAAAUCAAGCCAGAAAGGAGUCAGAAGUAUUAAGAAAUAACAAUGAGGAGUCGGAACAAAAGGAGUCUGAACUAAUAAGAAAAACUCCUAUCAAAAAUGCAGAUUAAUUGUUAUUUCUUUAUUCCCUCUUCAAUACAUAUGGCAGCAAUAUAAGCGUGUACUGUAAAUACACGGUGCCUGUAUCUAACCAAGGAGCAUGAAUGUCUGAAAUGUAUAGUUGUAUAAUACCACAGCUUUUGCUGCAACUGAGAGUGCUGGCUGGAGCAUCAUUGGACUGAAGUGAAGACAAAUGGGCACAAGUUGGCAGCUUGUAAAUAUAUAGGAAUCUUAGUGUUGUUGAAGCCAAAAUUGUAAGAUGGUUUGCCCUUCUAUAGAGAGAAAUUGCUGGCAAUAUAUCUUGAUAGAGAGUCAUAUAUAAUAACCUUUAGUUUACACACACGUUGCAAGUUAUAGGAAACGUUGUAACGAUUUUUGGUUGAUUGGUGUAGCAAGCAAGCGGUUUUCUUAUAUCUUUUGCAAUUUGAUUGAUUCUUUUGAGACCAUUCUUAGUAGGUUUUAGUGGGAUAGCAUCUUAGAUCAACAAUAUAUGUAAAACAUAACU